GAUGCGUAGCAUGGCCGGCGUUUGAUGCGUUGCAGGUCGAACGCGGUCAGGGAUCGUCUCUCGAUCGCGGGACACGAGACCUUGUUUUCUCUUCGAGGCUUCGUCCGUAAUUGGUUUUGAAGGAGCUGAAAGCCUCUUGUUUGACAAAGAUCUUUUUGUGCAUGUGCAGAGUGCCUCUUACCUCGACGCUGAGUAGCUGCAUCCAUCUCUCAGACUUUGUGGCCGCAGCUACCGGUUUUGAAAUCUUAGACUAGUAAUCUAGGCAGAUCUUGUGUUUUGCACUUUUCUGGGCGUGCGGAGAGGGGCUUGUACUGUAUUUUGUUUUGUUUUUUGCGGUUAAACACGGCUGGAUAAAGGAUAAUUGAGAAUCUAUACCUGAUGGAUUUACUAUUUUGAUUUGCUGUAGUGUAAAGUGUUCCUUUGCUUUUGAGAAACACCUUUCCAAUGGCACACAUCAGUAUAAACCAAUAUUUGCAACAGGUAUUAGAAUCUAUUGACAGCAGGGAUGGAUUGUUCUGUGCUGAAUUAGUGUCAUUUAAGCAUCCUCAUGUCGCAAAUCCUAGACUUCAGCUUUCAUCUCCAGAAGAAAAAUGUCAACAAGUGUUGGAGCCACCUUAUGAUGAAAUGUUUGCUGCACACUUAAGAUGUACUUAUGCUGUUGCCAACCAUGACUUUGUAGAAGCUUACAAAUGCCAGACAGUUAUAGUACAAGUAUCAAAUUUCCUUAAAUUUCACACAUCGUUCCUGAGAGCUUUUCAAGCACACAGAGAAGAAAAUUGGGCUUUGCCUAUCAUGUAUGCGGUAGCACUUGAUCUUCGAAUUUUUGCUAAUAGCGCUGACCAACAGCUGGCAAAAAAAGGCAAAGGCAAAGUUGGUGACAUGCUGGAAAAAGCAGCAGAACUUCUGAUGAACUGUUUCCGAGUCUGUGCCAGCGACACUCGAGCUGGUAUUGAUGAUUCCAAAAAGUGGGGCAUGUUGUUCCUGGUGAAUCAACUGUUUAAGAUUUAUUUUAAGAUUAACAAACUGCAUCUGUGCAAACCAUUGAUAAGAGCAAUUGAUAGCUCAAACCUUAAAGAUGAAUAUACAAUGGCACAGAGAGUCACGUACAAAUAUUACGUGGGACGGAAGGCCAUGUUUGACAGUGAUUUUAAACAAGCUGAAGAGUAUUUGUCAUUUGCCUUUGAGCACUGUCACCGCUCCAGCCAGAAAAACAAAAGGAUGAUUUUGAUUUAUUUGCUGCCAGUGAAGAUGUUGCUGGGCCACAUGCCUAUGAUCCAGCUGUUAAAAAAAUAUGACCUCAUGCAGUUUGCAGAAGUCACAAAGGCUGUGAGUGAAGGGAACCUUCUUUUACUGAAUGAUGCUCUGGUAAAGCACGAGACAUUCUUCAUUCGCUGUGGCAUCUUCCUGAUCCUUGAGAAGUUGAAAAUCAUCACCUACAGGAAUCUCUUCAAGAAAGUCUAUUUGUUACUCAAAACUCAUCAGCUCUCUCUUGACGCCUUUCUGGUUGCAUUGAAAUUCAUGAAAGUCAGUGAUGUUGAUAUUGAUGAAGUCCAGUGUAUUCUAGCUAACCUCAUAUACAUGGGUCACAUUAAAGGCUACAUAUCACAUCAGCAUCAAAAGCUCGUGGUCAGCAAGCAAAAUCCAUUCCCUCCACUUUCUACCGUCUGUUGAAUCUACUACGACCAAGAUGUAGAUGUCCCAUGCAUGAACAUUGGUUGCCCCUGGGGCAGCCUUCUUCAGAGGAUGGAACUGGCAGGGUGCUUCACUGAAACCUACUGGAGUAUUCAUUAGUAAGUGUUUAAAAGUUUUGCAGCACAAAAUGUAACACUGUGGAGCCAACAUUUCUUUCUGCCAGCAAGAACACUCUGUGAAUAGAGGUCCACUUAAGAUGCUCUAAUCACUGGUAUGAGGCAGAGGGUGAGUGAUGGUGGUUGAUUUUCCCAUUCCCCCUGCAAUUCCUAGCACCACCUUCAACAGUGGUCUCCAGACCUACUGGACUAGCUGUUCAUUGUGGCAAAGAGGAGGUUCAGUGACUUCAGGGAUGAGGGGAAACCAGUAAAGAUUGCUUCUCUCCCCGUUCUACAACCAGAUCAGAAGCCUUCUGUGGAUGGAAAAUGCUCUUCUGUUCCCAGGAGAGCGAUCCUGGAUCCAACCAAAUACUCCAUGCAGAAAACUGUAAACUUUAUAAAAUGCAACCCUUGUGAAGUUACACCAUUUUUGAUACUCUUUGUGAAGUGUUUGUUCAUAAACGUUACCGAAGUGGGUACUGUUAGAAAUUUAAAUUGUGUGGAUGUCUUUGUAUUCUCAUUAUCAAACUAUUUCAUGAAUAAUAGUAAACAUUUAUCUUGCAGUAUGUGUUUAAUUAAAAUUAUAUGAAAGAAAUAGAAAAUAUUUGAGAUGUAACCCAUUUUUAGCAGAAUGUAAACUUUUAAAAAGCUGGAAUUACAGAAUUUUUUUGUGAGACUUGUUCUAUUGCAGGGUCAGUUGUAAGACCUAGGCACCACCUUGGGUCUUGUUUGGCAUCUAUUAAAAUGACUGUUUGCUGCAUGCAAAUACACUGAAUAUGCAAAUAAAUGAGGUUACAUAGAUUGUUUA